AUGGUUGUCAUUCAGAUUGCCUUGGUUUUGUCGAUCUGGUACGUGGUUGGAGGAUUUAUCUUAAAGUUCGACGAACCCUUGCUCAGUGUUGAUGGUAUUGCUUUCCUUAACAACGUGUUUUUGGGAUCCCUUCCUCUGGGGUCUUUCGUCAACGCCUUGGUUCUGUCUCUGGUUUCAUCCAUUGUCAUACAUACAGUCAAUGCGGCGAUCACAUUCUUCGGCUUCUGUCGGAAGAUGAAAGGCUGUUUAGUUGCUAGUGCCACAAUAAAUAUCCUUAUGAUAGUAUUCCAUUUCCUUACCUUCGUAUUGAUGUGCUGGCUACUUGAUGAGAUGAAUUUGAGCAUUCGUCGACAAUUACAGCAGAUAUUUAUCCUGAGACCAAACAAACAUAUACCGGAGAUGAGCUGUUGUGGCUUUGACAUUGCCAGUUCUCCUUGUGUCACGACCAAUGCGUCACUUCCGCCUUGCUUUGAUUACAUUAAGGGGACGUUAAAAGCAUACGGAAGUUCCUUUGCUGCAGUUCUUUUCCUUAACAUUGUAGUCUCUGCAAUAAUGGUAAUAGGAACAGAGUAUCUUUUUCGAUAUGAACAACUGAAAUCAAAACAAAGCCAGGAUCCUGAUCUCUGGAAUAUUAUAGAAAAAUCUGAAUUUUACAACGACAGGAAUGGAAUGUGCGCUAAAAUUAACUCAUUUCUGAAGGAAGGUUGGGAGAGAAAUCCACUAGCUACGAAAUUCGGAUAUCUAAGCGUUCUUCUAUUGAUGCUCGAUGGAGGAAUAAUUCUAACUAUAACAUUUGUUAGAUAUAACUUUAACGACAUGACAAUGUCCGAGGAACUAAGCUCUAUACAUGCUUAUGGGAAAAUAUACAUCAAUAUGGGUUACCUCAAAGAUGCCCUUCUGAUUACCUUCAUAUGUCUUCUUAUUUGGUCGAUUGUUGCCAAGGUUUUUUAUUUCGCGGGAAUAUAUCUUAGCAGGAAAUGCUUGCUAGCUACCUUUAUGUGUUCCGAAAUUUUUGUGUUGUCAGUGGAGUGCAUCAUUUUUGGACUUUCUUCCUAUCUUCUGCGAGUGCUAUAUUGCUGUGAUUGGAAUCGGACUGCUUUAGAUAGCUGUCCUUUUUCUUAUGGAUCCACCACACCUUUACCGAUAUGUGACCGAUCUUGGACAAACGCUGCAAAAUUCAUCUGGUUUUCUUUUUUGGUUCUCGUCCUUCACAUUUUUCUUAAGGUAUUUUGUAUAGCAAGGGCAGAUAAUGUUUACAAACACCUACUUGUAAAGACUAAAGCUGGGAUAUCAGGAAGUAAUACUGUAAUUAAGAAAUGUGGAUUCUUCUACUCAGUAUAUCUAUCAUUGAGGAGGCAUCCUCUGACAGCAGCUGUAGUUGCAGAUUCAAUCCUCAUAUGUAUUGUUAAUUGUGUUUAUUUCUGUGGACUCAUAGUGGUUCGCUAUGGGAAGUCUUCGUAUGGUCUUCUAACAGAUAGUUUACACGCCAUUAAUCUAGGAUCCCUUGAUAUGUCUUCUAACCGAGACAAUGCUAUUCUCAUAAGCGUUGUUUCGCUCUCGCUUUCUUUUUUUCUUCAAAGUGGAAAAUUCGUAUCCAUUGGAUUGAGGAAGGCAAAGGUUACUUUACUGAUCCUUUGGUCAGAAUUACCCUUACUAAUUUUACAUCUCUGUUCCACUGCAAUGUCCAGCAUUCUUUUAAAACUGGUUCACUGCUGUUCAGAUGACACGGAUUGUUCAUUUUCAGUAAAUGGCGUCAACUCUCCGAUAUCAUCGACUGAAUUUUGUGACUCAAAUACUCUGGACCAUGCAGCCUUGCAGUUUAGGUUGAUGGUAGGAUUCGGAAUUCUAAGUAUUAUAUUACAGAUCCUGUCGAUAGUCCUUGGUUAUGUGUAUUUCAAACGAUCAAUAGAUGGUAAACUUGGAAUUUUCAAAGGAGUUUCCGAACUUUUCAAAAGUAUUUGGUGUGACAUUAAAAAGACAAGAAUUAUGAGAAUAUCAACAAGAAUAACAAAAGUAAUUUGUGAAAAGGUUAACGGAAAAUUGAGAAAAUACACAACUUUACAGAGGAUAUUCUUUAGUUUACAGAUAUUAAUACUGAUUUUAAACAUACUCUUCGGGAUUGGACUUUUCCGAGUGACAAUAUAUCCAGGAUGUAUGUGGAGUGAUGAUAUUCUGAGCAACGUAUCUGGUGUUAAACUUUCCUUUGGCUUUGGAAACAUUGGGGCAACUGUAACUGGAAUAAUGUUUUCCUUAUAUAUGGUUGUACCUACAACUUCUCUUUAUCAGUUACUUGGAAUACUAAGUUUAAUAGGACGUGCAAGAGACCUAUUUAAGAUUUUAACAGUUGGUGUCAUUGGCCUUACCAUCGGUGACAUAAUAUACCUUGUAUUUUCAUCUGAACUUCUUCAUUUCGGGUAUUGUUAUUGUAAAGAUAGUUCGUCGUGUAAAAGCUACAAUAUGACCUCUGUAGGACCGGUAAAAGAGACAUGUGAACCACUAUUUCUUGAACCAGUGGGCGUAUUAGUGGCUUAUGUUGUAGCCUCAUUCAUUAUACACAUUACGGUUUCGUUUCUAUCAAUCAAAAUUUUAAGACAGUUACAUGCACAUGUAAGAGUCGGCAUUAUUAUCCAGAAAAAUAUACCUGUACAUCAACCUUCACAACAAAACUCAGCCAUACAUGAACAUAACAGGUCGGACGCAGAAAGCCUCCCAAAAAAUAUCUCUGAAUUGAAUGAAGGAAAGAAAGAAAAUCCUCUGGGUGAUAAUCGUAGGAAAAUUGUAGGAGUCCAGAAUUGUCCUACGGAAAAUGUGCAAGAUAUUGGGAAAAAUCAGACUGAAGAUGCGCAAACAAUGAGAAAGGAAGAAAAUAAAAAUUUUGAAAUACUAAGUAUGGACGAUGAAAAGACUGAGAGAAAGGAGCAGGGUUACAAUAUAGCCGGAGACGUGAAAGAUGUGGACACCGGGUACAGAAACCGAACAAAAGAACAUGCGGAAAAUCGAAUGUUGGACCUUUAUGAGAGAAAUGGAAGUAAUGACCAAAUUGAAAUGGACAACAAAAAUGAAAAUGUUGAGAAAAAUGAGACAUCAGGAGAAGAAGGCAGAGAAACAGACAGUACAAAUGUUACAGAAGAUGGAGAAAAGAAGAAAACAAGGGAAGCUAGAAAAAAGAAAGACAAGGAACCAAAAGAGCGAGAUGGAAAGGAACACGAUAUGAAUCAAAUCUUUGACAUGGAUUCUGCUUCAAAGGAUGAAGACAGAACUGAUGAAUUGGACAUUGAAGAUCUGUUGUCUCCUAGUGUUGAAAAUAGUCCACAAGAUGCCUGGAACUGAAUAAUAAGCCAACAUUAAGCCAACGAAUUAAAUACGACAUAUGCAACUCAGUGCUGAGUUUUAACUUCCAUUAUAAUCUUGGAUAUCAGGCGAUGAAUCUGCAAA